CGAAACUGACGGACAAAAGCUCAAGUAAACUCACGUAGUCUCUCCCACAGCUAACUAGAACUCAGCCGAGUCACGAGGCACCCAAAAAACAAAAAACAAAUAAGCAACAAAAAAGAGCUCGUCGACGGCAAAAGUUGAAAAUAAAACAAUAAACAGUCGAAAUUCUCCGGCGAAGAUGAGAACCGGAAAAGGAAAUCAAGAGGAAGAAGAUUACGGAGAAGAAGACUUUAACUCUAAACGUGAAGGUCCUUCUUCCAACACUACUGUUCAUAGCAACAGAGAUUCAAAGGAAAAUGAUAAAGCUAGUGCGAUACGUUCUAAACAUUCGGUCACUGAGCAACGUAGAAGAAGCAAAAUCAAUGAAAGAUUUCAGAUAUUGAGAGAACUAAUUCCCAACAGUGAACAAAAACGUGACACUGCUUCAUUCCUUUUAGAGGUGAUAGAUUAUGUUCAGUAUUUACAAGAGAAGGUGCAAAAGUAUGAAGGAUCGUAUCCAGGUUGGAGUCAGGAACCAACAAAGUUGACGCCAUGGAGGAAUAAUCAUUGGCGAGUUCAAAGUUUGGGGAACCACCCAGUAGCUAUAAAUAAUGGAUCUGGUCCAGGGAUACCUUUUCCUGGAAAGUUUGAAGACAACACUGUGACUUCGACACCUGCAAUUAUUGCAGAACCGCAAAUCCCGAUUGAAUCUGACAAAGCAAGAGCUAUAACCGGCAUAUCGAUUGAAAGUCAACCUGAGUUAGACGACAAAGGAUUACCACCACUACAACCAAUUCUUCCAAUGGUACAAGGCGAACAAGCUAAUGAAUGUCCUGCAACUAGUGAUGGGCUAGGCCAAAGUAAUGACCUGGUUAUUGAAGGUGGAACCAUUAGCAUCUCUAGUGCCUACUCGCAUGAGUUAUUGAGCUCAUUAACACAAGCACUCCAGAAUGCAGGCAUUGAUCUGUCGCAAGCAAAGCUUUCUGUGCAGAUCGAUCUUGGGAAGCGAGCCAAUCAAGGUCUAACUCAUGAAGAGCCAUCAAGUAAGAAUCCAUUAUCAUAUGAUACGCAAGGAAGGGAUUCAAGCGUUGAGGAAGAAUCUGAACAUUCUCACAAGCGGAUGAAAACACUGUGACAUUUCUCUCUCAGGCUCCACGGCGCUGGAAUAUAUAAAUGUAUUGACAGAUUCCUUGUAUCGUGUACAUUGUUCGGCUUCUAGGGGUUCCUAUAGUACUCGUUAAGAUAAACUUUGGUUAGUAGAUUCUGCGUUUUUUUGUGGUUCUGAGUUUGUAUCAUCUUCUGCAUCAUUCAUGUAACCUAUCAAAUAUGAUCUCUUGUGGUUUCAAGUUAUUGCAUCAUUUUUUUCCGAUUUGAUCUUCCUUUUUUGUUGAGAGAGCGAGAUCAAAGGCUAGCAAUCUCUUAACCUUAAAGUGAAAGACUAUUAUAAAAUCAUUUGAUGCUAAACCAAAGAUGAUGUGAUGCUUUUAUCUAUUGUUGUGAUGACCCAUAACUUUGAGAAGAAAAGCAUAAUCAAAGGCAGUCUCUUCGCAUUGAGCAUAGCGACCACCUUCACCAAAAUGCCCUCCGUUCAUAUUUGUUUUCAGAAUCACAGCUCGGGAGCAGUCGUGGCACGUACUAUCCCUUAUCUUAGCCACCCAUUUUGCACCUUCCCAUACUCCAACCCUGACCCAAUAACACACGCAAACUAUGAUCCAAAGAUUCUUACUUAAAACAAAAAAGAGAUAUGGGUUUAAGGGUUCUUUUGUGAAGCUAGCUUGCCUUGAGUCAUGAAACGAAGUAG